AUGGUGAAAAAGAAGGAGAAGAUACCACCACCUGGGACCCCUAGAGAUCCAACAACUAAUUUCUUCACCAGAAGGAAAUGGAAGGCUUUACUUGCUUCCCCUAUUAUGGAGUUGCAAGGGAGAAACCUUAUUCCACGUGGGGCCUUAAUUAUUGGUACAGCACUUAUGAAGACUCGACAUGUUGUGCGUCUAGAUCUCUCGCAAAAUCAUAUUGGAGAUGAUGGAGCAGUAACAAUGGCUGAAGUUCUCAGGAAGAAUGAAAGUAUUCAACACCUCAAUUUAUCUCAAAACGAUAUCACAGAUGUAGGUGGUAUAGCUUUGGCAAGUGCUUUUAUUCCAAAUGUUAACCCCAAUGGACAACCUGGUCAAUGGAACCGUACACUCUUUACGCUUGUAUUAGCAGGGAAUCAACUAGGUGAUGCUACUUUAGUAGCGAUGAGCAAAGCCGCUGCAUGUCACCGGGAUCUCAGUAGAGUGGAUCUCAGUUGGAAUAAUGUUGGUCCAAUGGGAACAAAAGGUCUAAUGCGAUCUAUGCAACGUAAUCCUCUCUGUUCAUACAAUCUUAUGGCAAAUCACAUUGGGGAUGAAGGUACUACUUACUUAUGUGAGGCUUUAAAACACUAUGGUGGAAAAGGAACCACUGUACUUAAUUUAUUUCGUAAUGAUGUUCGUCAUAGAGGUUGUAAAGCAGUGGGUCAACUCCUUGAAAACAAUGAAUUUAUUCUAGAUGUAUGUCUUCAUAGCAAUACCCUUGGACUAAAAGGGACACAAGUACUUUGUCAUCAUUUCUUGGCCGCACCAAAUCGUGUACGUUAUCUUAAUAUUGCCAACUGUAUGCUUGGUGAUGAUGGUGCAUUGGAAGUGGCACAUCUCAUCGCAGCUAAUCCACCUUUAUUGGAACGACUCAAUAUAGCGGAAAACGGUAUCACCGAUGAGGGUGGAGUAGCAAUUAUGAAAGCCUUAUUAAAGAAUACGGCACUUAUCAUGGUUAAUUGUGGGGAAAAUACAUUUGGGGCAAAGACUGUAGAGUGCACAUUAGAAGUGAUUCAAACGGCAACCGUGUUGAAGUUGUUGGAUUUUACAAAAUCACUCAGUUCUACGGAAAUGCGGCGAACACUUGCGUAUUCUGCAAAUGAGGCAAAUGGUAUUCGUGUGGAAGUGGGGGAUGUGCAGGAGGAGUCACUUGAUGACAUUUUGCAGAAAACAGCAGAACACAUGCAAAUCAUCCUUGAAAAUGAAGCAGAAAAGGCAAAGAACAAGAAGUAUAGAAGAAAAUCAAAAAAAGAGUGA